AUGGGUGAAUCAUCUCCUUGUCUAGUGCGGUCAGUCUCUCAGCUUUCUCCCACUUCUGAUGAAUUCAAAGAGACUUGGGCUCUCUGGUAUCUAAGAUGGACACAUGGGUCCGGAUUUCAAAUUCAAAAUGAGUUCAAGAAGAGCAAAGUUCUCAGGGAUUUCAAGGUACAAGAACUGGCAAGGAAUAUACGAGAGUAUCAACUAAGACGGAAAGGAGAGAGAGGAUACUCAAAGUAG